CUUUUUACUCGAAAAAUUAAGCUGAAAUUUCUGGAAAAAUGCAGAGCAAUUUCCAUCCUCUUCAAUAUCAACAUCCUCCAUACUUAAUUUCUCACUCCUCAAAUCAAUACCUCCCCAUCAAAUCGUACUCGAAAACCCGAAAUUUUCAUGUUUCCUGCUCUUCAUCAUCCUCAUCCAAAAUGCAGGUAGAAGAUGAUAAAUUGGGGGCUAGAUCAGAAUACAAGCCCAAUUUGCUAGAUGGUUUCUUUUUAGAUUCAUUUAGGAAGAAAUUAGUGGAGGAGGUUGGUUGGGAUUCAGAGAAGGCAGGCUAUGAUGGGAUGAUGGAACUUGUAAAUGGGCUAAUGCUUGGCAGAACUACUCAGCAAACUAAUCAAGCAGCGGUUCGAAUACUCAAGUCUCUAUUCCCUCCAUACCUGCUGGAACUUUAUCGAAUGCUUAUAACCCCGAUUGGAGGGGGAAGACUCGCUGCUAUGAUGGUUGCCAGGGUAACGAUACUCACCUGUCAAUGGCUCAUGGGACCUUGCUCGAUUAACACUAUUGAGCUUCGCGAUGGAUCUUCAUGCCAGAGCGGGGUUUUGGUAGAGAGAUGCAAGUACUUGGAAGAAAGCAAAUGUGUGGGAAUUUGUGUUAAUACUUGUAAAAUUCCAACUCAGUUUAGUACCUAAAAAAGAAUAAGACAACUAAAUACAUACAUUAAUUGAUUGAUGUAUAUUUUGUUCAUCUAACAAACAACUCUUGUAUAUAUGCCUUAGACCUUCUUCAAGGACCACAUGGGAAUUCCACUUCUUAUGGAACCUAAUUUUACAGAUUAUAGUUGUCGGGUAAAUAUGUAUACUUAUCCUCUUUGAACAUGGGAGUACAUAUCUUAUAUAUGCUGUGUGUCAUCAUCUAAUUUUGAUGUUGCUUUAUUUUUUAACGAGUCUGUCUAUGCAUAUGUGACAGUUCAAGUUUGGGGUUACCCCUCCUCAACUGGAAAAUGAUAGUGCUUUGCAAGAGCCAUGUUUGGAUGGCUGCCCAUACGCUGAUCCUGCUCGAGGAGGUUCGAAAGGUAUUAACAGGAUGUCAAAAACCAAACAAUGCCCUAGAUCAUAAGAUUUUAGUCCGGUGUAAACUGUGAUCCUCGAGGAUCUUCUUUUAUAUAUCAUUCUGAUGUUAA